AUGAAGAUCGAAAGAGAAGGGAACGUGACACUCUCGUAUCCGUUACUCACGAAGAAUAACUACUCUGUGUGGGCAUUAAAGAUACGGGUAAACUUACAAACACAAAGAGUGUGGGAAGUCAUGAUGCUCGACGAGGUGGACGCACAUAAGGAUAGAAUGGCUCUCGCCACCAUCUAUCAAGCGCUCCCGUACAACAUACUUCUCAUGGUGGACGAGAAUGAUUCGUCCAAGCUAGUGUGGGAGAUGCUAAAGACGAUGCAUGUUGGAGUGGAGAUAGUCAAGGAGGCAAAAUUGCAAACCUUGAAGACACACUUCAAGAAGAUUUGCGUGAAGAAUGGGGAAUUAGUGGGUGAUUUUACCAUGAAAUUGACAUCCAUCAUGACUGGUAUCCACUUGUUGGGAGGGAAAGUUGGGGAAAUCUCGGCCGUCAAAAAUGACAAUGUUUUUCCCGAAGAUGAUAAGGCAAACCUCACUAGCUUCUAUGACAAGGAUCUAUCAUUAAUGUUUCCUGAGGGAGUGACAAAUUAUUUUCCCAAAGACGAUGAGACAAAAUUCGAAGAGUUUGUGCAAGAAUCGUCCAAGGAGGAAUCAUAUGUGAUGUUGCUCAAUAAAGAGAAAGUCAUGGCGAACCUCCUCGCAAGUGGCGAUGAGUAUAAUUACAACGAUGUGUGGUACCUUGAUAGUGGAGCAAACAACCAUAUGACGAGCCAUCGAGUGAAGUUCAAUGAGAUCGACGAAAAGAUCACUAGAAAUGUGAAGUUCAAAGACGGAAGCAAGACACAGGUUUAUUGA